AUGGAGAAAACAUAUUUUAUAUCCGUUGUUUUGUUAUUUAUAUAUUUUAUGGAAACAAUCAACACAAACACGACUUUUUUAAUUAAAAAAUCAGAAUUCGACAAUAGAAUAAUACGAAAAUUUGUCUUGGAGCAAGUGAAUAACACAGAAACGGUGACCACUUGCGUAUAUCGUUGUGUUCGCGAUCUGAACUGCGUGUCGUUUUUUUAUAAUCAAAACCAGAAAAGAUGUCAGACGAAUUCAGUGGGGUUCAUCACCCCAGGGGACGGGGAAGAGGAAAGUGGAACCAAAUAUUACAGUCUUUAUGAAGAGGGUUGCCCUGCUGAUUUUAUCAGAAACAGAAAUCUUGACUUAUGCUAUAAACCUUAUAUAGAAACGAAAGAUGACGAUUUUGGGGAAGCCAGGGACCUUUGUGUGGCUAAUAGUUACGUUUUAGUACGAGGUAAAACGACGGAGGACUAUAAACAUAUAUCAGACCAACUUAGAGCAUCGACAGAUUAUGCAUCCAAAAAAUUUUGGAUUGACGGAAGCGAUUCCCAAGUUGAAGGAGUUUGGAAAUUUGACAAUGGACAAAAGAUGACGGCGUUUUUUUGGGCGCAAGGAGAACCAGAUAACACAACAUCCGGGAAAGAUAACGUGUAUUUGAGGAAAUCGAGUAACGGUGUAUAUGAAAUGUCGGACACGCAAUAUUACCUAGAUGCCUAUCGUAUUUGUCAAGUGUUGUAA